UGAACUUUGUCUCAGUUCCUCUUGUUAACGAAAGGAGAAUUUCGCAUUGAAUCUGUGCCUCACUAUUUGGGAUAACUAAUUAAAAUAACAAUUCUUAUACUUAUCAGUUUGCAUAUAAUGCUAACGGGGACUGAAACGCUGACUGGCUGAUACAGUUCGGGUGUAUGUGUGUGCUUUUAUAAGCGAGUCGGUAUGCGCCUUGGCCAGAGAACAGGGAGUGAAUCCAGUGGAGUGGAGGGAAACCGUCCAAGGGCUAUAAUUUGACUGAUAUCUUCAGGGUGUUGUCUAAAUAAAAGGAAGUAGCUUUGAACUCCUCGUGCACAGAGAGCCAAGCAGUAUGUAUGAGAGCAGAUCGGAUGAUGCUGGAUGUGACUCAACUGGAUCUGAACCAGCUGUCAGCGAUGCCGACGCCCACGGCAGCAGGACACUCACACAGCGCUCUGUUGUGGAGCGACUGUCGAGAAAUGGCAUGCAGGUCAUGCCCAGUGCUUUCGAGCGUAGGUCGAGGCUGCAGAGGCAGCAAGAAGUCGCUGACGGCUCCACACCGGGAGGUCUGCAGAGAGAUGCUUCGGAGAGAGGGUCGCUCACACCCGCUAUGCGCAAGAAAUACCUCAAAGAGUUGCUUUUGAGCAACCCAUCACACAGCGGGUUUAGCAGCGUACUGUCCUCACAAAGUCAGAGCGUGUCCUCCGAGCAGGACGCACGCUGGGCUUUGUAUCCGAUGGAGCACGCAUGGAUGCUGUGUGCGGUGGAGGGAAACUAUGAGACAAUCCUGGAGUUCAUCUCUGAGGACCCCCAUUUGUUAACCAGGAAGGAUCCCAUCAGCGGGUACUCAGUCCUGCACUGGUUGGCCAAGAGAGGACAGGACGAGACCCUGCUCAAACUUUUGCGUUACUCUGAGAGUGCGGGGAUCCCUGUGAAUGUGAACCUGCGGGGAAGCGGCGGCCUCACCCCGCUGCACGUCGCCAGUAUGCAAGGACAGUACAUGAUCAUCAAACUGUUGGUCGGAGCUUUCGGUGCCAACGUCGAUGCGAUGGACUACAACGGGAAAAGAGCCUGGCAGUAUCUGCGGGCAGACGCCCCGCCGGAGAUGAAGGAGCUGCUUGGGGCCUGGGAUGAUGAGCACAGCUGCGGAUGUGCGCAAAAUGUCAACAGAAACGUCAACAACAACAGCAGCAGCAGCAGCAGCUCUGGCGCAAUGAACUUGACCGCACAUGAUGAGGUCGAUGCUGGACAGACAGAUGAAGUGAACUUCUUUGACCGGACUAAGAGAGGCAGCUGGGGAUUAGGGUCUUUAAGGAAGAUGCUGCACACAUUUCUUGGAAACAAAAGCUGAUAUAUUCAAUAAUCUGCAUUAUUCCCCAUUUAAUUUACAAGCUUGUGGUUGCCAACCUGGGUCGAGGGGUCACAAUCUCCUUACCAAGUCAUUUUUUACUUGCAGCUUGAGUCCUUAAAAAUGAAUAUUCCUUUUCUUCGUGUGUAAAUAUUUCCUGUAUCUUCGAAAAUCAAGUUUUUGUUCAUUCCAGAGCAGCAACCUGUCUUUUUUUUUUUAAUAUAUAAAGACAGAGAAACUCAUUUCUGCUAAACUUUCUAUUGGAAUCAGAAAUUUCUACUGUACUUGGAGAUGUUAAUCAUAGACUUGAUAAAAUGGAGAUUAAGUAACAAAUACCCGAUACUGUCACCUGUAAAAAUCGAACAAUGUAAGAAGGAAAACUGAGCAUAACUCAUGUUCACACUGAAGCCAUAACUGAUGAGGGGUCACUAAGUACACAACUAUCUGGAGACAUCUCAAGCUAAAGUUUGGGAACCACUGCACUGCUUCUCCAGGAUAAUCCAGUUUGAAUACUGCUUUCCAGAGAAUCUAAAAAUACUCAUAACCCUAUAAAUAAGGAACCUUUAUUUUGCAUCUAAUAAAAAACAAACAAAA